GUCAGGUCGACGAGCAGCACGGUCUCCUGGGAGACCGGGAAAGCCGUUUCGCACCCUGCGGAAUCGAAGUCUAGUUCUGACUAUUGCCAUCAAUGUCUUUUGAUUAUUUUACCUCAGAGCUCCCUCAGUGUAUUUUGGGAAGUUAUGGAUCGUCAUGUCCCCAUGCAUGCAUUACCUGAAGAAAUCCAAAAGAAUUCGAGAUGCAAGCAUGCAAUUAAAAAGUCACCAAAAUGAAUUGCAGAGAGUACAGAAAGAAUUGAGUCAUUUGCAACAUGAGUUAAAAAUUAAACAGAGACAAUCACAAAUCUUCAGUCAGAGACUGACGGAGUACAAACAUUUCUGGAAUAAGACUCUUUCAUUACUUACUUUUACUAAAAGAGAGCUAACCAGUAUUAAAAAUGAAGUAUAUGAUAAUUUUCAAAACUGGACUUCACUGAAAGGAGAAGUUCUUCUACAAAUUAAAUCCAUAAGUGAAACGGCUUUGACAGAAAUAAGGAUACUAAAUAAAAGUUUGACAGUGUCCCAGAGAAAUAAUGUAUGCCUUGAAGAGGAAAUGAAAAAUCUGAAAUUAUUGUCAGAUGCAGCCAUACUGAGGUCUCAGCAGAUUCAGACAUCCAAACAACAGGAAGUAAACUUGCAAAUCAGAUGCCAUGGCUUGCAAAAAGAAGUACUAGAUUUACAGUGUCAAGUAGAAGCACUUGGGCUAAAACUUCAGAAGGCAGUGACUGAGAUGGACAACUAUAAAGAAAAGCUCAUGAAUAAAUCUAAUGAAGCUGAUGAGUGUCAAAGAGAACUUAGAAAACUGAAGUUUGAAUCCAUUAUUUCUGAGUCACGGCACACCAGAUUGCUUAAAGAAAAAGAGGACUCUUCAAUGACUUGUCAACAAAUAUAUAAAACUUUACAAGAAGAACUGACUGCAAAAGAAAGACGAGAAGAAGACUUAAAAAGAAGAAUUAAUUUUGCAGAAAAUGAACUAGAGAUAACCAAAACUCUUCUGAAUCAGACAAAGGAAGAGGUUGUAACACUGAAAAAUGAAAGGGAAUCGAUGCUAAUUUCACAUCAGAAAAGCAUCGAGCAGCUACAGGAAACCCUUAGACAGAAGCUGUUGAAUGAUGAUAACUGGAGGGAGAAGAUUGAAGCUGAACUCGCCAAGGAAAGGGCCCAACAUUUAGUUGAAUUUCAGGAGCAAGCUCUUCUCUUUAAGGAAGAAGCUAAACUGGAACUUGAUAUUGAAAAGGAAAAACAUCAAGAAAUAAUCCAAAAGUAUAAGAAAGAACAAGAGGAGCUACAAAUGAAGGUAUCUGACUUAAUCGAAGGUGCCACUAGAGACCUAAGGCUGAAAGUGGCCACUCUUGAAGAAAAACUCCAUGAAUCUCAUAUUCAAUAUACUAAAGAAUCCGAGUCAAAGGAGAAAGAAAUUGAAAACCUUAAAAAUUUGCUUGCAGAGUUUGAAUCACACUUGAAGAAGGAAAUUGACAGUAAUGAUUCCAUUUCAGAGGACUUGAGGAAGGAAAUGAAACAGAAGUCAGAUGAACUGGAAAGAGUGAUGCUGGCACAAACACAACUGAUACAAAAAUUCAACCAGUCCCAGGAAGAGUUUUCAGAUAUAGCUGAUAUAAACUCAGACAAAAAGCCAUGUGAGGGCCAGGCUGCAGGUACAAAUUCUCAGGUGGAAUUUCCUCCCAUUCUCCUCCAGCAUAAAGAUCGAAUCAGAUGUGUGGCUGUCUCCUUCUGCAUAGCAGGUUACUACAAGCCAUUGAAUAUAGUUCCCCAUGCUAUACAUGCUUUGUCUUCUAACUGUGCUGGGUGUGAUCCCAUGAGGCCCGACCAGAGGGACUACGCUAGCUGUGCGGAGGCAGCCUGGACUCAUCACAGCAAGAAUGAAGUCUAGACGUGCAGCGCUCCCUGCCUGGAACGUUUUUUGUUCUGUGUUGAUCUCAUGCUGAAAGUCUGUCAUAUGCUCCAGGAGGCCAGGAACCGUGUUUUCCUGAUCUUGUGUGGCCGACGCACGUAGGAAGUGCUGUUCUGGGCCCCUUUCUCCUCAAAAGUCUUUGCUGAUAACAGGUUAAUGUGGGGGUGCUUAUGGAUUACACACCACUUUCACACAUGAUCUAACCCAAUGAUUCUUAUUCUUUUGAGAAUAACUAAUGUAUGUUCUUUGAGAAAAUAGGGAAAGAGACCACCCUCUCCCAAGGAAGAUGUGCAUAAACACCCAGACAAAAUGCUAAUGUUGAUUUCAGGGCUCAGUGGCCCCCCGAAACUGUCCAGCCAUUGGCUGCAAGCUAAGAGCCACUGUUUAAGCUGGCUCUUCCAACUGGGCUGCAAGGCACCUGCCACAGACAUUGCUCCCAACUUAUCCAUGGGGAAACUGAGGUUGGAGAGAGACGCCUCCAGGCUGCUCUGACUGGCAAAUUGCUGCAGUUCCUUGCCAAGGAUCCACAUUCCCUUCGAUACUUUUUUUGCAGAUCUGUCCUUAGACAUGCAGAGUCUUCUGUCAGCACCUGUGCGUCAGAGCAGAAACUGUAACUCUUGUCAUUCUUGUCCUUGUUACCAUGUUUGGUUCCUGGUGCAACAGUGCGUGGCCAAGCCCUACUGCGUCUCUUGCAAGGACGUCAGAGAGCUUCUCUCCUGGUGCCAGAGAGAAGUACCAGAACCUGUUGUUGCCAGGGAUCUUUGAUUUUUCUCAUUUGUGGCCUCUAGCUGGCUACCCAAAUCUGAAUGCAGCCAACAGAAAUCAAAGGUGAGAGAGGCCAGGUGUUAUCACUCCUGCAGGCAGACCUCCGUUCAGCAGCUGUAUUGAGAUGUGCUGCACCAAACCUUAGGCCAUUCCCCACCCAACCCCACAACUCCACAGGCCUCAGCCCACCCCCACUCCAGGCAGGUGAACGCUGUGAUGAGGAAGGAGGCCUGUGUGGAAGGGCAACGAGCCAGCGCCUUACGUAACAGCUUCAGUUUCCGCCGUCAGUGCCCGCUCGGUGAAAUGCAAAUCCCUGCGCGGCCAGGAAUGCGCAAUGCCUCAGUCUCUGCCUCUCAAACCAAUCGCCACCGCCUCGGCGAGGAGGAAGAUAGUCCCGCAGCUCUCCCGGGUCCCGGACUGUGAGUCCGUCCUGGCUGCUGGGGCAUCACUCGGACUCGGCUCCCUGACAUGACAGAGUGUCAGAGCUUCGAAGAAAAGCAAAGGUGGUGGUUUGUUCCAGUAGCAUUUUCCAUGUUUGGGCAAAUGCAGUUCAUCACAACUGCGCUUGCCUGUGGUCACUGCUUGGCUGAUGGAUGGCUUCAGCCCCCGGAGGCCAGUGGAUGACAUGUGGGGGUUAUCUCCUUGCACCAAAAAUAUUUAAACCAUCUAUCUAUACCCACAGCGCUGGGGCCUAUGUCAAGAUAGGUGUGCACCUUCCUUGAGUUGUAUGUGUCAAUUGAUUAAGCAGUGUUGGUUCCUCACAACCUGGUAAGAAAAAAAAAAACCAUGGCCCUCAUUAAAGCUUUUGUUGUUCUUUUUUGCCAUUUCAGUCUCCCUGGCAUGACCCCAGGCACCUCCUAGUAGCUCUUGUGCUGUCUCCAAGACAACAACGUCUCCAAAAAGGAUAUUCAUAUUUCACAGGGGAUGAGCUCUCACCCGGUUCUCUCUUUCCCCAACCCAUUUAAGAAAAUUCCAAAAAAAAAAAGAAAAGAAAAUUCCAAUCUUUGGCUAGUGCUGUGACAGCCUGUCAGGGUGAAAUAUUUGGCCAGAAGGUAUAAAUAGCAGCCUUCUGCUGAUGUAUUAUAACAAUGAUGAUUAUAGGAGUAAGGAGCAAGUCCAUGUAGGAUCCUUGUCGGGCAAGGUGUCUGAUACGUCCUCUCAAGCCUCCUUCAGGAAUCACCUACAUCAGUGGUUCUAAACCAGGGCCCUUUCUGCCUCCAGGGGACAUUGGCAAUGUCUGCAGAUGUUUUUGGUCGUCACUACUUGGGAGGAGGGGAGUGCUACUGGCAUCCAGUGGGUAGAGGCCAGGGACGCUGCUAAACAUCCUACAAUACACAGGGCAGCGCCCACCACAAAGAAUGAUCCGGCCCAAAUGUCGCUAGUAGCGAAGCUGAGAAAUCCUGAUGAUGCAAGUCACCCCCACUCUCGUAAGACAUUCCAAGUAGUCUGAAGUUUCGGCACACAUCUGGAGUGGAGGAAUUGCUAUCCUUCUUCAAUUCAAGCAGACUUCAUAAAAUGUAUCAAAUGUGCCUACUUGGGUCAGGGCCCACAGAUAGAAGAGUGUCUCUGCCUUCCAGAAGCUUAAUUCCAGCAGUGGAGACAGAUGCCUCCACCAUGUUAGGAUGAGGUGGUGAGAGUUGGCCCAGCACAUGCGGGGCUGAUGAACUCCCGCUGGUGGGGAAGACAGGUGGGCUUCAAAGUGUCCUCUGAAAAGAGAGUUGAUACUGUGGGGAUUUUACCAACGGGAAAACCUCUGCCCGUGCCAAGUGGGAUGGUAAGCUCCAAAGCCUUCGGAAGAUCUGAGCAAAGACAGGACCCUGCCUGGUGGGAGAGGACCAGAGGGCUGUGCUGGUGGCCAGCAUGGGCUCCGUGGUGCUUCAGGAUGGAAGAUGAGGCCAACUUGUUUCUUUGUUGCAUUUACCUUUUUUGGACUAACAGGCCACAUAUUUCUGUUUCAGAUUUCCAUAGGUUCCCCUUGGCUUGCUAUGGUAACAUUAAUAUUCAGUCAAGACUCUUGCCAUUUUUAUGCAGUAUUUAUAGGGGAAAGAGUUUUUGUCUAAAAUGUAAAUCAUACAGUUCCUUCUGCGGCCAGAACUAAAUAAGAUUCUCUAUUUGGUUCAGUCAUUAGUAAUUUUUUGUGAGGCCCAAUGUGCUUUUAGAAAGUCACUUGGAAUAUUUGGAAGGAUCUCAGAAUCGGGAGUUUCUAGGAAUGGAAGAAACCUCAAGAAACACUCAGGUUCAGUUAUAUCCAGUCUGCAGACAAGCCCUGGUCAUUACCAUUUCACACUUGAGACCAUUAUGUUUCUGCACAUUUCAGGCAGAGAACAAGCCUGUACUGAAUGGCAGGAUGUUUUAUUGGAUGCAUUGACUAGGGGGUGCAGUCCUUCAGAUCUGGGGGAGUAACCAUUGUUCAAAUGGUUUUGCCCAGAAUUGAUGGCCCAGAGAUCAAGGGGAUAAUCUCAAUGGCAUGUGUGUGUGUGUGUGUGUGUGUGUGUGUGAGAGAGAGAGAUAGAGAGAGAGAGAGAGAGAGAGAGAGAGAGAGAGAGAGAGAGAGAAUGCAGGCCUAAAGGUCAAUAAGGAGCUAGCAAGCUCACAAUUUAUCGAGGUGGGGGUCCUCAUCUCUACCAGUUGAGGGAACAGAGCCAUGAGAUCUCCUAGAAGCAGAUGUGGGGAACAGUUGAAAUUAUUAACAGUCAGCAGCAAAAGUGUGUCUGGAGAGACUGUCUGUCCAGGGGUUCCUUGGACCCUGGAGCCAUUUUAGGAAAUUCAGGCUUUCAGCAGAGAGGACAGCUUCCCUCGGGUGGGGGCAUUGGGUCUCCCCAGGGAUCCUGCGUGCCUAUGGCUACUGAGAAGCGCUCCAGCCCAGACUUCCCUGAAUCCAGGCUUCCCGGGAACCCUCCCACCCUGGUUCAGAAGCUCUGCCCUGAUUACAGGAUGAACUGAGAUGACCUUGUGUUUUCCUGUCAAAAAUGCACCCCUUUUUACUUCAGCAUCCCCAACAUUGGGCUCAUUGUUGUAUCAUUUGCCCCACUCCAGGGCAGGACCCACUCAGAAAAAAGCCCUGGUUUUCUUUCUAAGGGACCUCCCCAGUUUAUCAUAGCAAAUGGAUUAUUUCCUUAAUACGAGGCCACUCGGUGUGUGUGACUCAGAGUUGCCUCUCUCAGGUCAUAAGAUGAAGGAGGAAACAGUGUGGGGAAACCCCAAAUCCUUGGCUACCCCAUUUCCUAAAGUGAGCCUUACCCUUGGCAUCAUUAAAUGACUUUGGCAGCCUUCUACCUGCCACAAAUGAACUAAAAAGACAGAUAUGUAAAAACCAGAUCCUUUUUGUGAGACAACAUAAAUGCUUUGCAAGAUCCGUUAAUGGCAGCCACUAAUCAUUUAUUCAUCUUUUACUCAACCCAGGGAUGGUCCCCUUCUGCUCAGAUGAAAGUCAACUUCCUAUAAAACAGGCUUGGGUGGAAUCCACGGCAGGGAGAAGAAAGUGGUGAGCUCAUUCCUGGAUAUGGCUUCUAGGGACUGGCCGUACCUUCCAAGAUAACGCCAGGCAGGGUCAGGGUAGCCGCCUCCCUCCCACCCAGAAGAAGCCCAGGCUGUCCCGUGGGUUUUCAGGCUCCUGGCCACUGGCUCUCUGCAGGAGUUAGUUGUGUGUUACACUGGAAGUGAGCGCUCGGGGCACACACAGCAGGCUGACACUGGUUAAAGUUUCUUUGGAGCAGAAGCAGGUACACGUCAAAUCUGCUGUGUGGGGCUCUUCCCACUUCCCAAGCUUUCUAACACUCCUGGUGACACUGAAGGCCAAGGGCAUCUGUGUUACACCAAGGGUCUGUGUCCACCUUGGGUUCCAGAUCUUCUUGUGCAAGUCCAGGGGCCUGAAUCCUGGUUCUCAGAAACUGUGGUCUCAGGACUCAGGGAGCAUCUUCUUCCUCAGCCUGAUCCUCAGAGGUGCUUGGUUGCUAUAGGGACCUCAUACCUGACUGUGGCCAUCAUCUCUGGAGUCUGAACUGUGGAUUACUUGUCAGAAUCUUUGUGAUGCCCUGAGUGGCCUGCUCAGAGCUACCGUUUACCAAGUGUUGAUUCUUGCAAGGUGCUUAUAUAUGUCAUCUAAUUAAAUCCUCACAGGGAUCCUGUGCUCAUUUUACAAGAAAGAAAUGCUGUCCACACCAACCACACUCACCCACACCUGGUCCCUGUAGACCCAGCUGAGGGUAAGAGAUGAGACAUCCUCUGUGUGAGCAUCCUUCAAGCACUUGCUGUCUCCUUACGAGUUUGAUUUUGCAAGGAAGUUGUUUUUUGAAACUCUAGGCCUCUUGCUGGGAAAGUGACACCAGGGAGAUGGGGGUGCCUUCGGUAUGGAUGGCCUGAGGUAACAACACAGGGUGGGGAGCAGUGGGCCUUGGGAAAUCUCAGCCAGCUGUGCCAGGAAUUCAGCUUCCAUUUCCCCAAGAGAAGCUGAAAUCUAGGUUUUUGUUUUCGUUUUCUAUAGAAGUUUCGUUUUCUAUAGGAAACCUUCUCGUUUGAAAUGUUGGCAAUUGAUUAAAAAACAGACCAGACAAAGCUUGGUUAACACUCUGCAAGCAAAAUAACACAUUUGUGGGCUGGUUUGCAACUUCUAGAUUUAGGCUUUUUG